AUGUCCGUCAUCGUCGAACCCUACAACCCAGAAUGGCCAACCCAAUUCGAAACCAUCAAAGCAGUCCUACGAUCCCACCUCGCCGAUGUCUCCGUCCAAUCCAUCGAGCACGUUGGUAGCACAUCCGUACCCGGCCUCGCCGCAAAACCGAUAAUCGACGUCGACAUCAUUGUCGCCCGCGAAACUGUCCAGUCUGCCAUUAAUACUCUCGUUUCAAGUGGGUUUACAUACCUCGGAGAACUCGGCAUCGCAGAUCGGCAUGCGCUCAAAGAUCCCAAUCAGCUCCCCAAGAGGAAUAUCUACAUAUGCGUCGACGGCGCCUUCCAAACGCGCAACCACCUCGCAGUGCGAGACACGCUGCGCGCCAAUCCUAAGCUGAGGGAUGAGUAUGCAGCCGUAAAGUUACAACUCGCCGCGCAGGGAACAAAUAUCGUCGACUACGUCGAAGCGAAGAGCGAAAUCCUGCGGAAGAUCCUAGAGGCAGCCGGAGUACUCACCGCAGACGAACUAGCCGCCAUCGAGAAAGCGAAUAAGAAAGGCGAGCGCUUUGGCGCUAUCAAGACGGAGCGGUUGCUGCUCAGGGAGUUCGUUUCAGCCGACGAAGAGCCGUUCUUUGAGUUGGAGAGCAAAGAGGAGGUCGCGAGGUACCAGAUGUGGCCGCCGCGGACGAGACAGCAGGCCAGAGAGGAAGUCGCGAAAAUUAUUCGCAACUCUGCCGCUACGCCACGCACGCAUGUUGAGCUCGCUGUCGAACGCGGCGGGUCUUUCAUCGGCCGCGUGGGCGCGAAUGUUAAGCGCGAAGUCGACCCUCCGCAUGCGGACCUGUGGUUCUCCUUCCUGCCGCAGUAUCAGGGGCAGGGUUUUGCGACGGAAGCGAUGAAAAAGCUUACCGAGUUGCUUGGGAGUCCCAUGGAGCUGGAGAUUGAGUGCGAUCCGCGGAACGAGGGGAGCUGGAAACUAGCGAACCGGUUGGAGUUUGAGAAGGUAAGUUUAAGGGAGAGGGCGUUUGAGUGCAAAGGGGAGUGGGUUGGGAGUUUGGUACUGCGGAAGAUAGUGUAG